UGGUGAGGGGUGGGGAGGAAGAAGAAGAAGAGAAGAAGUGACUUAUGGGAUGCGAAGUAGCCGGGCGGCUGACAGACGCACCGAGGGGGGAAGAGUGGGUGACAUCUACAGGAACCAGCCGAAGGAAGAGCGGGAAAUAAAGAGGGGGUGUAAUAAAUUAACUGGAUUUAUACGGUUCAUUUGGGGCGCAGCGUGCAGGUCUGUGCACACCGCCAUCGGAUCCUGAGCGGAAGAAAAAGUUCAGAUCCCACGGAUCAGCGCGUGGGAGUGGGGAGCAGGAUCGAGCUCCGCUGCGUGUCUCGUCAUGGCAGGACCCGGAGGCGACAUGCAGUGGUGCUUCUCCCAGGUGAAGGGAGCCAUUGACGACGACGUAGCUGAAGCCGACAUCAUAUCGACGGUUGAGUUCAACCACACGGGGGAGCUGCUCGCCACCGGGGACAAGGGCGGCCGCGUCGUCAUCUUCCAGCAGGAAGUAGAAAACAAGAACCUGCCCCAGUUCAGGAGCGAGUACAACGUCUACAGCACCUUCCAGAGCCACGAGCCCGAGUUCGACUACUUGAAGAGUUUAGAAAUUGAGGAGAAAAUCAACAAGAUCCGCUGGCUUCCCCAGAAGAACGCCGCUCAGUUCCUGCUGUCCACCAACGAUAAAACUAUAAAAUUGUGGAAAAUAAGUGAAAGAGACAAGCGACCAGAAGGCUACAACCUGAAAGAGGAAGAUGGCCGAUACAGAGAUCCCAACACGAUCACGGCACUGCGGGUCCCGGUUUUAAUCCCCAUGGACCUGAUGGUGGAGGCCAGCCCUCGCCGGGUGUUCUCCAACGCUCACACCUACCACAUCAACUCCAUCUCCGUCAACAGCGACUACGAGACCUACUUGUCUGCGGACGACCUGCGCAUCAACCUGUGGAACCUGGAGAUCACCGACCGCAGCUUCAGUAUCCUCAAACACAACCUGAGAAACUUUAUUUAUGAGGAUCCCUCUGGUCACAGCUGGUCUCCGUCUUCUUCUCUUCCAGUGUUUGAGGAGCCAGAAAACCCCAGCAACCGCUCCUUCUUCUCAGAGAUCAUAUCGUCCAUCUCAGACGUCAAGUUCAGUCACAACGGACGCUACAUGAUGACCAGAGACUAUUUGUCUGUGAAGAUCUGGGACCUGAGCAUGGAGAACCGGCCGGUGGAGACGUACCAGGUUCAUGAAUACCUGAGGAGCAAGCUGUGCUCGCUCUACGAGAACGACUGCAUCUUCGACAAGUUCGAGUGCUGCUGGAACGGAAACGACAGCGUGGUGAUGACCGGCUCCUACAACAACUUCUUCCGGAUGUUUGAGCGCGGCCAGCGGCGGGACGCCACGCUGGAGGCGUCGCGGGAGAACAGCAAGCCGCUGCAGGUCCUCAAGCCGCGGAAGGUCUGCACCGGCGGCAAGCGCAAGAAGGACGAGAUCAGCGUGGACAGUUUGGACUUCAACAAGAAAAUCCUCCACACCGCCUGGCAUCCGCAGGACAACAUCAUCGCCGUGGCAACCACGAACAACCUCUACAUAUUCCAGGAUAAAGUGAACUAAUGGAGACGAAUGGUGGGGUUUGGGGGGAGGGGGGUUAACCUGCAGGAUCAUCUGGAGGAGCUCCGUGACCCCUGUGUGACCUUUGUGUGGACGGGUUUCUCCAGUCGUCCGCUGCCUUGUUGUUAAAGUCGUGCCAAUGUUUUUCCUUUCGCCUGCCGACCCGACCUUUACCUCUCAUCCCAUCGUUUCUUCAAACUUUGGCUAGACUUUUUUUUUAUAAACGGUCCCUCUGAUUUGUUCUCUGGUAGAAUUCAAACUUUUUUUAUUCUUUUGUCUCCCAUGAAAUUAUGGUGUUUACAUUUAUCAAAGAAAUCACAUUUUUACUCAUUUCUUUCAUGAUUUUAAAAUCACAGUUUGACCAUGUCUGAGCUACGACGGAGAAUUGGGAUCAUAAUAAGAAAAAAAAGGAAAAUAAAGAAUUAAAUUACAAAAAUAAAGAACAAAGCUGCAGUAGAAUAAGAAUAUAGUCAUAAUAAUACGAGAAUUGUCGUAAUGUUACGACUUUAUUCUUGUGUUAUUACAACUUGUAUUAUUUUGACUUUAUUUCUAUAUUUCARCUUUAUUUUAAUAAUAUGAAUUUAUUCUCUUAUUACAACUUUGUUCUCACAAAAUUAUGACUUCAUUCUUGUAAUAUUGCGAGUUUAUUCUAGUCUUACUUCAACUUUAUUCUUCAURUAUUAUGACUUUCUUGUAAAAUGUCUAUACUCUUGAUACUGUACUUUAUUSUGUUAUUUUUAUUUGUUUUUACAUCUUCUUAGCGUGUCCCUAAUUCUCCGUCUUACUCUCCAAACCCCAGAAGUUAUUCUUUUAUCUCCCUUCAAGAUGGCCGUCUUUCUGCAUCGGAUCCUCUUCCUCUUUUUUUAUUUUUAUUUCUCUGUGUGCAACAGCCGUCGGGUAAUAAAGAAAGGCUUUACAAAGAUAAUAUCGUUAAAAUUAUGAUUGUCAUAUUUAUAUGAAAUACUGUUGAAAACGUCGCGGGUUGUUUUCCGUUCCACUUUGUGAAACAAAGCCGGACUUUUAGCUCCUUUUUCAGAGAUCUUAAGUUUCACACUGGACUCUUUGUGCACCAAACUCAGUCCUCUGGAUGUCUGCAUUGUGUGACUGCGAUUUAAAAACCGUAAAAUUAUUUGUGGCACUGAAUAACUUAUUUUAACCACUGGAAACAUUACUGUCAUAAGGAUUUUAUUUUUUAUUUUGUUCAGGACGGGGAUUCCUCCAGUAAGGUGGAAUUAUAAUUUUACUCUGAUGGUGGAAGGAAAGGGAAAAAUAAAGGAAUUAUUUUGCAUCGUU